UUAGUGCCAAGAAUACAGGCUAAAACGACCGUAGAGGAUUUCUGUUCCCAUACCCAUAUCCGCUAAACCACCGAGCAGUGAGCAUCGAACACACACACCUAUCUUCCAUGGCAGCUCUUUUCUCUCUCUCAACAUCACCACCAGCAACCCUUCACUUCCCUUUUUCUCCUUUCAAGGGAAGUGUGAAGAAUUUGAAGCCAAGCCUAACCCAAUGUCACUUCCAAUCAUUUAAGAAAAGGCCCAUGAUUUUGCUGAACCAGUCAGCUGCCACGUCUGCACUUGUUUCGGCGCCAUCAUCUUCUAGUGUCCGAUUCCGGCUCGACAAUCUGGGCCCACAGCGGGGGUCGAGGAAGAAGGCGAAGAGAAAAGGUAGAGGUAUAGCUGCUGGACAAGGGAACAGCUGUGGUUUCGGUAUGAGGGGUCAGAAAUCGAGGUCCGGACCUGGGGUUAGGAAGGGCUUUGAGGGUGGCCAAAUGCCACUUUAUCGGAGAAUACCCAAAUUGAAAGGAAUUGCUGGAGGUAUGCAUGCUGGUUUACCAAAAUAUGUCCCUGUUAACUUGAGAGACAUAGAAGCUGCCGGAUUUCAAGAAGGGGAAGAGGUGUCUCUUGAGACAUUGAAGAAGAAGGGUUUGAUUAACCCUUCAGGAAGAGAAAGGAAACUGCCUCUUAAGUUUGUUUCCUCUUGGUUUCAGGUUCUAGGUGAUGGGGAGCUAAGUGUGAAGCUGAACAUAAAGGCUCGUGCCUUUUCAGCAGCAGCAAAGGAGAAACUUGAGGCUGCUGGCUGUUCUCUCACUGAGCUUCCUGGCCGAAAGAAGUGGGUGAAGCCAUCAGUUGCUAAGAACAUUGCACGUGCUGAAGAAUACUUUGCCAAGAAAAGAGCUGCUGCUGCAGCUGAACCAGCUUCUGCUUGAACCACCAUUCAGCAACCCAAUUCAAAACUCUCCAAGAGAAGUGUAAAGUAGGAAAUGACAGCAUAUCGCGGGUGUUCAUAUCUUUUCCUCUUUUCCUAAUUCAAAUUUUUAGAUGGUACUGUCCUGUAGUUGUUGUAUCUUAUAUUGAUUCUAAGACUAAUAUUAUCGAUUCCUUGUGAAACUUGGUUCAAAAUUCCUUAUUGUUUAGAUGGUCUAAAACAUGUAAGCAUCAUGUUAUUAAGCACAUAAAUUUUUUAUGGGAAUGAUGACGGCAAUCAUUGGUGGCAA